UCAUUCAACAUCUCUUUCUCUUUUCCUUUUCUCUUUGUUUGAUGUGAUUCUCCACUAUCAUCUUAACACAGACGCAACAAAACUUUACGCAAGGAAAUUGAAGACCAAGAAAACCAUGGUUUUUUCCUCCAUCCCUGCUUAUCUUGAUCCACCCCACUGGCAACAUCAUACAAAUCAUCAAGCCGGUCCUAGUAGCAGCACAAGCGGUCAUCAGCUUCCUCCUCCUCCAGGACCUCCACAACCACCACCAGCUCAACAACCACAAGGAGGAGGUGGAGCUGGCUCGAUCCGACCCGGUUCAAUGACCGAUCGAGCUCGUUUGGCGAACAUACAUAUGCCAGAAGCAGCAUUAAAAUGCCCAAGAUGUGAAUCAACAAACACAAAGUUUUGUUACUUCAACAACUAUAAUCUCACACAGCCUCGUCACUUUUGCAGAACUUGUAAAAGGUACUGGACUAGAGGAGGUGCCUUAAGAAAUGUUCCGGUCGGAGGUGGAUGCCGUAGGAACAAAAGAAGCAAAGGAAGUAGCUCGAAAUCUGCGGUCACCGAUGACAGGCAAACAGCUUCUAGUUCUUCAAGGAGUAGUGGAAGCACUGAUAUUUUAGGCCUUGGAACUCAGGUUCCUCCACUCAGGUUCAUGUCUCCUUUGCAUAAUCUUACUGAUUUUGGGUUGAAUUAUGGGACAAUUUCAGCACCAGUUGGUGGACCAAGUGACCUAAGUUUUCAAAUAGCAAGUACUUGGAGUGGGGGUGCCACCGCUGCUCCAGGUAUGAUUGGUUGGGAACAUUGGCGGCUACAACAAGCGCCGCAAUUUCCCUUCCUAGGGGGCUUGGAAUCUUCUUCCGGGUUAUACCAAUUUGAAACUGUAGGUGUUGAACCCUCGGGUCACGGUGGCGGACCUAAAAUUUCAAGCUCAGCAGCAACCCAGAUGGCUUCAGUGAAAAUGGAUGGUAAUAACCAGCAAGAACUGAAUUUAUCAAAGCAAUUUUUGGGAGUUCCCGGAAAUGAUGAGUACUGGGGGGGAACUGCAUGGACAGAUCUUUCCCGUUUCAGCUCUUCAUCCACUAGCAAUCCCUUAUAGAUUUGGCUCUCUAUGUAACACUCUCUCAUGUAGACAUCAAGGACUUAUGGUUUCUCAGAAUCGACUGAAACCCUAAAAUUGGUAGACUUUCACUUUUCUUACUAGAAUGGGUAGAUUUUAAUUUAUGAAUAUGUCUUCCAUCGUGAGCGUAUCAGCAGUUAUAUUUAUAUGUAGAGCUUGUAUAAGGCAUAUAUAUUGAUGAUAUACACUGCGAAAAUUAUGUGUUUUAAGUUUUAUAA